UCAGAUUUUUCCUCAAUGUGUUUCCAUCGGCCAGUAAAAAGGCGAUAAAAUCUAUUUUUGAGGCAGAUGGAAGCUACCGCCACGUUUGAGGUCGGUUAUAAAUUCGGUCACAACGAAGUGAAUUCGCAACGUACCACAUGUGUGACAUAUGCCACACGAAAUGCUGGCUACCGCGCAUUGCUCCGUAUCAUUGCUUUAUCUCGGUGCGCUCUAUUUGGUAUACGGUGAGCGUGGUGUGAGCGAACCUUUGCGGCAAAUGCCCGAGAUCGAGGUCAAUGUCACCAACGACGAUGUUACGGAAACGCAUCAAGCGAGCUGCAAGAUCGCAACGGAAGAAAUGGUCGCGGACGCGCGUGCCACCGUUACAAACGUACUCACUGGAGCUUGCAAGGCGAAAACAAUGGACGAAAAGUUCGCGAGUUUGGAGGAAAAGUUAAUUAAGGAGCUCGCGGAUGUCAAGUGGUUACUUUACAACAUCUUAGAACAGCAUCCGGGUCAUCUAAAAGAUAUACGGAAUACUAUUCUUUACGACAAUACUUCCGACAAUUAUCCAUCCCCGAGACAAGAUGAAAUAGACAGAUUCAACAACACCCUGCAAAACUUGUCGACGACGAGCGGUUCGACGAGCGCGUUCGUCUAUUAUUGGCAGGUGGAGAACUUCGACGAGAUGCUGGCUAACUGGCCGACCAGCCGCUCGGUACGAAGCCCAACUUUCCACGCGGGUUCAAGCGGUUAUACCUUGUACCUGAAAGUUACGCCCAAAUAUUUCCCCGACGGUACGAUCUUCGUGGGUGUCGGAUUGACGCGCGGCCCUUACGAUUCUAUUCUUGCGUGGCCGUUCCCAUUUAGGAUCCGUCUCGAGGUUUUAGAUCAAUCGCCGAAAGGUAUGCGCGAGGAUCGACGAUCUCGAAUUUGGGAUCCGGCUACGCUGUGUACGGAAAAUUUCUGGGGCCGACCAGCGUUAGCGGGGAAAGCGGACAAUCCGGAGUGCGUCGGAUUAAGUAUUCCUAGACGCGUCGUCCUGUCAAAAGUGUCGUCUCAGAUGUCUCAGCGACACUUAAGGAAUACCAAAUAUACGUGGAAUGGAGGUAUGCUAAUAAAACUUGUCAUCUAUCUGUAAACUAUCGCAGAUAAAUAUACACACAGUCACCAAAUAGGAAUGUUUGUUACGCAUCAUUGUACUCCUGC